AUUUCCAAGCCUGUCCACGGUACCAGAUAUUCUACAAUUUCCCCCUAUAAUUUCUUUGCUUCCUCUUGAACUUCAUCAAGAAAUAGUACAGACACAGAGCCAUGCCGUCGUACUGGGGAGAGCUGCCUGGCCAGUCCCAGCCUGCCCGGGGCCCUGGGGACCUCAUCCCGGGGGUGGGGGAGAUGCGGGCUGUGGAGGUCAAGGAACCCCCCCUUCACCAGCCCUCAGCCGUGCACAAACCCCCCUUCACAGAACUGCCCCCUGAACAGUGUAACCUGACGAUCCACACCAUCCAGCUGGCACAACAUGUCCGCAGACUCCGCUCCAUGUUACAACUGGUCCAGGCACAACAGGCAACGCAGGACGGCACAGUUAGUGCCUUGUUUAUAUCAUAA